AUGGACUUACCUUCUGACUCUCAGCAUCCUAUAGCCUCAAUCAUCGUGACUCUCACCGGAGUCGCUUAUUUCUCAUUAUGGUCUUACUCUUUUUACCCACAGGUCAUCCUCAAUUACCGUCGUAAAACCGGUUUCUCACCCGAUUUCUCAUACGUAAACCCCACUGGGUUCCUCGCUUUGUCAAUCUGGAACUGGACCAUUUUCUUCUCUCCUCUCGCUCGUCAACAAUACGCAACAAGACAUAAUGGUCAUCUACCACAAGUCUCACCAUGGGAUAUAGCAUUUUCGACUCAUGCACUUUUUCUUUCCCUCAUUGUCCUCUUACAAGUCCUUUGGUAUGCUCGAAAACAUCGACUGGGUUUAGAAACCAACGACGAGACAAGUCAUUUAUUACCUGUUCCUGAGCAAUCACCAAAGAUCAAAUCCGAAGCAUCAUGGACUAAACCUUCAAUCAUAGCUCGAACAGCUAUAAUACUAAUUUUCGUUUCUGCUUUCCUCACCGGUUGUAUGGUCUGGAUUGGGAAACUUGAGUUUUUGGAUUGGUUAUAUUGGAUCUCUACGAUUAAACUCAUCAUAUCCACUUUGAAAUAUAUCCCACAGGUGAUUUUGAAUUGGAAGGUCAAAAGUGUCGAAGGUUUCGCCAUUGGGGCUAUCAUCUGUAAUGAAGCGUGA